CGCCAAUCACUGCGAUACGAUAAAAACAGUAGUUUCGCAUUCAACAUGUCCACUCGUGACGGACCAAACCCCCUCCGUCCUUAUUACGUCCCUCCCUCGAUCGGACUCGGCCAAGACGGCGCGUUCUCCUCGCCUCCGAAUGCUUCGUCUGCCCAGGUAUUCGGGGGCUCCGCACGCGACCUGCUCCCGGAUUUAGACUAUUCCGACUACCUUGAGAGCUCGCCGUCUGUCUCUGGCUGGGUUCGGGAUGCUCUGGAUAGUGCGAUUCGGCGGUAUACCAAUGUCCUAACGGCGCAGCCGUUUGACGUCGCAAAGACAAUACUCCAGGCAUAUGUUGUUCCGGACGACUCCUCAACGGGACAAUUUCCCAAAGGCGACCGGUACAGAUCGGGUAGAGGCAGUAGAAUUGAUUCCUACGACGAUAUAGGUUCCGAUGAGGAUGAAGAUGACCUUUCAUCUGACGAUGAGAGCAGUUACUUCACCUCUGCAGCGCCUACAGUCUCAUCACCAUCUGCCCGACGUACACCUAAGCCUCGUCAUCGCAUCACCGAUCGAAGCGGUUAUAUCGCGAGUUCCCCGUCCUCCAAAUCCGCUUCCCGACAUGCCCUCACCAUCAAGAACCCCUCCUCGUUGAUGGAGGUACUCUCUCAGCUGUGGACAACCAGCGGCCCAACAUCACCCUGGAAGGCAACCAACGCCACCUUUAUUUAUUCUCUACUCCUUCCUACUCUAAACACAUUUAUCCGGAGUCUGCUGUCUGCCAUUGUGGGGCUACCGGAGGAUGACAUUACCACGUCCAUGGCCAGCGAUAUCCUGACCUCAACUUCUCCGAUGGCAACCCUAGUCCUCUCCUUUAUCUCCUCUUCCCUGUCGGCGAUUCUCCUGUCGCCAAUUGACACGGCUCGCACAUAUCUCAUCUUGACUCCCGUCACUCAUGGCCCUCGCUCUCUUCUGCGCGCCAUUCGUCAGAUCCCAACUGCCAACUACACUAUUCCCCCGCACCUGAUUCCAAUCACCAUCCUCCAUUCGAGUCUGCCAAACUUGAUUACCGCUAGCACUCCGUUGAUUCUCAAAUUGUAUCUUUCUCUCGACCCCGUCCUACACCCGUCCUCCUGGAAUUUAUUUAGCUUCAUCGGCUCCGGCUUAGAGCUAGCUGUUCGCUUCCCCCUCGAAACCGUCCUUCGUCGCGCACAAAUAGCUACAUUCACCUCUCCAAGUAUCCGCCAGAACUGCGCUGGCUCCGUCCGUUCCACGGCGUCAGAUUCUGCAGCCGUUGCCGCAGAUGUCGAAACCAUUGUGCCUACACCACAAACCUACCGCGGGGUCAUUGGUACGAUGUGGAGCAUUGUCUACGAAGAAGGCGUCCAGCCUAGCCCAGAAGCUCAACGCGCCCACGAACUCCUCGGAAAGCCCGUUCCACACCGCAAGCGGCAAGGUCAGGGCCUCCAUGGCCUCUAUCGGGGCUGGAGAAUUGGCAUGUGGGGUGUCGCGGGGAGCCUGGGACUCAGUCUCCUUACAGGAGGUGCCGCCGGCGCGGAUGACGGCCCUAUGCCCAGCGGUGGUCGUUUCUAA